AUGUUUUCCAUCCGCUCCCGAAGUUCUGACUCAAAUCCCGUCUCUGUUGUCGUGACGGUGGCGGUGUCCUCGUGUGGGACGAGCGGGCAGCCUCCCCCCUUCCCCCCAAAAAUGCGUCGCGCGACCGGCUGCCCGCUGAGCCAGAUCUGCAUCCCCCCUCCCGCUGUCCUGGUCAGGAGCUUCCCGGUGAGGUCCAGCCCGGACCCCUGCGGCACCUCCAGCAGCUUCCAGUGCCUCCCUUCCCGCGGGAGCGGCUGCUGCUACCCCGGCACCACCACCUACGUCAGCCUGGGGGGCCUGGCCGCGGCACAGGCCGCCGGCUGCGCCAACUGCGGCCUCGCGGCCACCAUGCGCGGCCCCCUGUGCUACCAGGGCCUGGCCGGGUGCAGCACGACGUGCCGGAACCCCUGCUGCUGCUGCCGGGUGACCGAGAGCAGCGCCAGGAGCCAGGACUGCUGCCAGGAGGUCACCAAAUGUGUCACAACGUGUCAGGAUCCGUGCUGCCAGGAGGUCACCAAGUGUGCCACCACGUGCCAGGAUCCGUGUUGUCAGGAGGUCACCAAGUGUGUCACCACGUGCCAAGAUCCCUGCUGCAAGGAGGUGACCACAUGCACCACCACGUGUGUGGAUCCAUGUCGUAAGGAGGUCACCAAGUGUGUCACAACAUGUCAGGACCCGUGCUGCCAGGAGGUCACCACAUGCAUCACCACGUGCCAAGACCCCUGCUGCAAGGAGGUGACCACAUGCACCACCACGAGUGUGGAUCCAUGUUGUAAAGAGGUCACCAAGUGUGUCACCACGUGUCAGGACCCCUGCUGCAAGGAGGUGACCACAUGCACCACCACGUGCGUGGAUCCGUGUUGUAAGGAGGUCACCAAGUGUGUCACCACGUGUCAGGACCCCUGCUGCAAGGAGGUGACCACAUGCACCACCACAUGUGUGGAUCCAUGUUGUAAGGAGGUCACCAAGUGUGUCACCACGUGUGUGGAUCCGUGUUGCCAGGAAGUGUCCAAGUGCACCACAACAUGCCAAGAUCCCUGUUGCAAAGAAGUGGCCAAGUGCACCACCACGUGUGUGGCCCCCUGCUGCCGGGAGGUCACCAAGUGUGUCACCACGUGCCAGGAUCCCUGCUGCAAGGAGGUCACCACCACAUGCACCACAACGUGUCAGGAUCCCUGUUGUAAGGAGGUCACCAAGUGUGUCACAACGUGUCAGGAUCCGUGUUGUCAGGAGGUCACAAAGUGUGUCACAACGUGUCAGGAUCCCUGCUGCAAGGAGGUGACCACAUGCACCACCACGUGUGUGGAUCCAUGUUGUAAGGAGGUCACCAAGUGUGUCACCACGUGUGUGGACCCCUGCUGCCAGGAGGUCACCAAGUGUCGUGUCACCACGUGUCAGGACCCAUGUUGUCAGGAUGUCACCAGGUGUGUCACCAGGUGUGUGGACCCAUGUUGUCAGGAGGUCACCAGAUGUGUGGAUCCCUGCUGCCAGGAGGUCACCAAGUGCAGAACCAGAUGUGUAGAUCCUUGUUGUCAGGACGUCACCAAGUGUGUCACCACGUGUGUGGAUCCGUGUUGUAAGGAGGUCACCAAGUGCAUCACCAGAUGUGUGGAUCCCUGCUGCCAGGAGGUCACCAAGCGUGUCACCACGUGUGUGGAUCCGUGUUGUAAGGAGGUCACCAAGUGCACCACCAGAUGCGUUGACCCGUGCUGCCAGGAUGUCACCAAGUGUGUCACCACGUGUGUGGAUCCCUGCUGCCAGGAGGUCACCAAAUGUGUCACCACGUGCCAAGAUCCCUGCUGCCAGGAGGUGACAAAGUGCACCACCAGGUGUGUGGAUCCCUGCUGCCAGGAGGUCACCAAACGUGUCACCACGUGUGUGGAUCCUUGUUGUAAGGAGGUCACCAAGUGCACCACCAGGUGCGUUGAUCCGUGCUGCCAGGAGGUCACCAAGUGCGUCACCACGUGCCAAGAUCCCUGCUGCGUCACCAGAUGUGCCACCAGGCGUGUGGAUCCCUGCUGCCAGGAGGUCACCAAGUGCACCACCAGAUGUGUGGAUCCCUGCUGCCAGGGAGUGGCCACGUGUGCCACCAGGUGUGCGGAUCCAUGUUGCCAGGGGGUGGCCAGGUGCGUCACCACCUGCCAAGACCCCUGUUGUGUCACCAGAUGUGCCACCAGGUGUGUGGACCCCUGCUGCCAAGGAGUGACCACCUGCACCACCACGUGCCAAAACCCCUGCUGCCAAGGAAUGACCACAUGCCAAAACUCCUGCUGCCAGGGAGUGACCACCUGCACUUCCACCUGCCAAGACCCCUGCUGCCAAGGAGUGACCACCUGCCAAGACCCCUGCUGCCAGGGAGUGACCACCUGCCAAGACCCCUGCUGCCAAGGAGUGACCACCUGCACCACCACGUGCCAAGACCCCUGCUGCCAAGGAAUGACCACCUGCACCACCACGUGCCAAAAUCCCUGCUCCCAAGGAGUGACCACCUGCACCACCACGUGCCAAGACCCUUGCUGCCAGGGAGUGACCACCUGCCAAGACCCUUGCUGCCAGGGAGUGACCACCUGCCAAGACCCCUGCUGCCAAGGAGUGACCACAUGCACUUCCACAUGCCAAGACCCCUGCUGCCAGGGAGUGACCACCUGCCCCACCACACGCCCAGCCCCGUGCUGUGUCCCCAGCUGUCGCCCCCCGUGUGCAGACCCCUGCUGUGCCACCUCGCAGUGCCGUGGGGGUGUCCAGGUCGCCACCAGGUGCGCGGACUCCUGUCCCACCACCUGCGUCACCCAGACCUGCCCGGUGUGCGGCCAGCGCUGCUCCGUCUCCUGCUGCCCCAAAUUCCGGGCUCGCUGA